AUGCAGCGCUUUGCAAAUCCGCUCCUCAGGCACAUAAUUUGCAGGGGCUGCUUUGAUACUGCUUCAAAGAGGCAGUGCCUACAGUAUCUAAGAGCUCUGAGGACUCUGCAUCUUAACGGUUUCAACACCAUUUUUUUAGGGGAAACUAUUCCAGAGAGUCUUAUAUCAGGAGAAAAAAUAGCGGAGGAGGCCAGCCUGUGCUGGCUGGUAUAGACACUUGUUCACGCUGGCAGCUGCCAAGGGUGGGUGCCCUGGAGGUACAAACCGCAAUUAAGAGGUGAACUGCCCAUCCAUCAGCAGAAUGGUGUCUUUCAGGAGUUGUUACCACCAGUGAUCUACAUGUCCAGCACUGAGUGCUGCCCUGAAGUUGCUAGAGCCAAUGGCCAUGAGUUUCUUGUUGUGCCUUCAUCUUACAAGUAUCUCUAUCCUAUGGAUGUCACCUGGUCUUCUUUGAAAUGGUUUUUAAUUAUAAACAACAGGAAGGACUUUGCCCUGAGGUCUAUUGAGAGGACCCACUCCUAUAGGUGUAUCCUCUUCAGUGACAUGAUUGUUAAAGGAAUAGAGAAGAUGACCCCAAACAGAUGGAAGGUAGCAAUUAACAGAGUGAAGAGAUGGGAGAACUACUACCUUGACACAGUUUCUUAA